AUGUCACAAGAGCUCUUAAAUCCGACACUGGAAUCAACACCUUCCUUUACCCUUCCACUCUUAUACCUGCUUUUUGCAAUUGGCUUGAGCUUUCGCUCCCGACUCCUCCGAGCUAGCUUUUCGGCCAUCAUACUUGCAAUCGCCUAUCGCACGGUCUUUUAUACGAGCACCAGCGAGGCUCCUAUGAACUACCUCUACGCCACAUGCUCCUUCUCCCUCUUUUUCAGCGCCCUCGACUUACUGGCUAUAACAGAUGCACAUGCAGAGUUUCGUCGUAAAGGUCAAGUCGAAUCUGCAUCAUCCAUGACUUUUUUCUCGCGAUUCAUGUGGUGUUGGAAAUUGAUAUUGACUCCGAGAGGAAUCGGGUGGACUCAUGAGCCAACAAACGUCAUUCCUCCGCGUCCUAAAUCCCAAUCUCGAAUCUCCUUCAUCAUUUCUCAGCUCCCCUCUACCAUCAUACUCAUCUUUGUCGCCGAUGCCUCAAAUCUCUUAUUGCGAAGUCACCCAGGAUUCCUUCCCGGCGGCCCAUCAAUUGCGGACGUGGGUCCUUUCAUGCGGUUUUUCAACGUGUUCUUGUUCGGCACCUCGAGCUUUUAUGCUCUUCAGCUGCAGUACAAGCUUCUCAGCAUUGUGGUGACCGCAGUCGGAUUAUCCCACCCAGAAAAUUGGCCGAAUCUAAUGGGUUUUUGGAGUGACGCGUACACGAUUCGUCGACUGUGGGGACGUACAUGGCAUCAAAUUAUGCGACGAUGGGUAUCCAGUGCUGGGAAUCUGGUGGCCCAAAGACUGCUUCGUCUUACCCCGGGAACCAAUCUGUCGGCGUAUACGAAGCUGUUCAUUGCGUUCUUGAUAUCUGGGAUCAUACAUCAAAUGGGUGAUUACUCUCUUCAACACAGAAACUUCUGGGCAGGCGGGAGUUUGACCUUCUUCCUGUUACAAGCUGCUGCUAUUAUGGUUGAAGAUGGAGGGAUAGCGCUUGGGAAGAAGGCUGGUAUCCAGGACGGGAAGUGGAUUCGACUACUCGGAUAUGUGUGGACUGCGAGCUGGUUCGCACUCUGCCUUCCAAUAUGGAUUGAUCCGUACUUCCACGACGGUAUGGCUAGCGGCAAGCUUUUCAGUCCAAUUGGUGGGUUAUGGAAGGGCGAUUGGACAGGUUCUUCCAUAAAGAUAUCCCUUCCGCUGAAUUACUAG